AUGCAAGUCAGGCGUGAUCCUAGCUACAUCUGUCGUGGCUGCAAGGGAAACGGACAGUAUCAAGUCGAUCGGCAAUGUCCCAAGUACGCUCCGAACUUCAAACGCGCUCGUAACAAGAAAUGCAGCAGCAAGAAGAAGAAGCAAAAUCAGCAUUGCAAAGGGAUCUGCGGAUUCGGGCGAGUCGGCUUCUUUCGCGCUGGUGGUUAAGUCUCUCGAAGAGCCACUGGCUUUAAGUAAAUGUUGCGAAUAGGGUGUCUCAGGUGGACCAGAGUGAGAUCUGGAUUUUGGACACCGGCGCAAGUUAGCCCUACAUCGGCAACGCAACUCUGCUUUCCGACUGUCGACAUGGAACUCUGAACGUUCAAACUGCGAGCGGUCAGGUAGUACAUUGCCACACGCAUGAUAUAGUGCACUUCAACUCGAAGAGCGUGGUACCGCUCUCACUGUCGAAAGUCUACCAUCUCCAGGGCGCUCCGGUGAAUCUCGUCUCAACUCGUGCUCUAUUCCAAUCAGGAGCAAGUUACGGAUGGUGGACGGCAAGGAUGUCAUGA